UGUUCGGGUUUCUGUCAUCCCAGGAUGCGAGGUUACGAAACUAAGACGGCCUCUCCUUGUAACUAUUCCUUUGUGGCCAGAGUCGCCCGACCCAGUCCCAUUUUGUUUUUCCACGUCUACGACAAGAGGUGGGCUCUUCCUGAACACAACUCAAAGCAGCACAUUGCUUUUGGCAUCUGCUUGUCAUCAGUCUUCGCCACUUACUAGCCAUGUAACCUUUUCUCUGCACCACUCUGAACCUCAGUUUCUUCACCUGUGAAAAGUGACUCCUUUUAUCGACCUCAUCUGCCCACCAGAGAUCAUGGAAAGUUCAACUCAUGCCGGCGAGGCUCUGCCAGGAGAAAGCCGGGGGCAGGACCCUUGCCAGGGGCCUGGCUGGCACAGCAUGGAGCCCUCAAGCAAGAUGGAGUUUUUCCAGAAGCUAGGCUACGACCGGGACGACGUGGUCCGGGUGCUGGGCAAGCUGGGCGAGGGCGCCCUGGUCAACGACGUGCUGCAGGAGCUGAUCCAGACGGGCAGCCGCCCGGGGGCCCACCAGAGCAGUGCUGUGCCCCUGCUGGUGCCCAGGGGCUCCUGUGGGCCCCCAGACUCUGCCCAGCACGGGCUGGGGGCUGACCCCGAGGCGGAGUUCAAAGACCUAGCCAGUUCCUUGCGACCCAUCGUGAUCGACGGCAGCAACGUGGCAAUGAGCCAUGGAAAUAAAGAAGACUUCUCUUGCCGGGGAAUCCAGCUGGCUGUGGAUUGGUUCAGGGAAAGAGGACACACCUACAUCAAAGUUUUUGUCCCAUCCUGGAGGAAAGACCCACCAAGACCUGAUAGCCCUAUUAGAGAGCAGCACGUGCUGGAGGAGCUGGAGCGGCAGGCGGUGCUUGUGUACACCCCGUCCCGCAAGGUGAACGGCAAGCGCGUGGUCUGCUACGACGACCGCUACAUCGUGAAGGUGGCCUACGAGCUGGACGGCGUCAUCGUCUCUAACGACAACUACCGUGACCUGCAAAGUGAGAACCCCGAGUGGAAGUGGUUCAUUGAGCAGAGGCUGCUCAUGUUCUCCUUCGUCAACGACCGGUUCAUGCCUCCCGAUGACCCCCUGGGCCGCCGGGGACCCACCCUGAGCAACUUCCUGAGCAGGAAGCCAAAGCCCCCAGAGCCGUCCUGGCAGCACUGCCCAUACGGCAAGAAGUGCACCUACGGCAUCAAGUGCAAGUUCUACCACCCGGAGAGGCCGCACCAGGCGCAGCUGGCGGUGGCCGACGAGCUCCGCGCCCAAACGCGGGCCUGGCGGGGCGCGGGCGCCGACGAAGAGCGGCCGAGGGCCCGGGCGGAGCAGGGCGGCCCCCGGGGCGGCCCCGCCGCCACCGCCUGGCCGGGACCCCGGGAGCCCGGCGCGCGCAGCCUGUCCCCGGCGCGGAGGGCAACCGACGUGAUGGGCCUCGAGGGCGGCCUCCUGCGGCUCGGCCUCAGCGACGACCCGAGAAUCCUCGGGGCACCCCCUCCCGGCCUCGGGCCCCGGCCGCGCUGUCCCAACCGGGUGGCGCCGCGGGCUCCACUGUCCCUGCCAGUUCCACCCGGCCGCCGGAACGUCCAGAGCCAGUCGGGCCGGCUGGUUCGGCCCCGGGCUGGGGACUGCCUCGGGGACCCGCAGAGUGACCCGUUAGCCCAGGGAAGGCCGCCCUCCAACCCGUGGGCCCUGCCGCAUGAGGCCGCCCGCUUCCCUGGGCGCUCAGCCUGGGCGGAGUUGGGCUGGGGCGAAGGCGCCUUCUGGGGUCCUUUGGGGUCCACUUCCCGCGCCGCGGCCAGCGAGGGGGACGAGCGCGCCGGUGCACGCAAAGCACUUUGCAGCAUCUUCCCGCCCCACUAG